GCACCCAAGCCUCCGGCACGACCCUCUGGCUUGGAGCCACCCUUCCUCGAUGACCCCACCUUCGUCCACCCCGACCAGCAGAAUCAGGGUGAGCGCGAGUGGCUCAUGAAGCACAACGGCGGGUCGGUCAAGGAUCUGCCUGGGCUUCCUGAUGAGUACGAGUGGGUUAAGGACUCUGCGGAGAAGAACGAGGACGCCUGGAUUGCCGUGAAAAAGCGGAUGUCCAAGGUGACCAUUGACGCCAUCAAGCGGACGACGGCCGAGCUGCAGGAUGCCCUGUACCUUCGCAACCCUGCGCAGAUCCGGCAGCAAAUCGCGGUGGCCAUGGAGCAGAACAAGGCCCGGGAAGGUCCCAGCAGCAAAGCCAUCCAGCAGGCCGAGGACUACGCGCAGAAGCUGGAGGAGCACGAGAAGGCUCAGGAAGCGCAGAGAGACCAGGAGGAGGCCGAACUGCGACAGGAAGCGGAGGAGCUCGACCUGGAAGAG